UUUCAUAAGUAGGUACGCUACCAAUUUAGCAAAUUGCAAAUAUUAUAUUUAUCAAGAUUUGUUUUGGCUAUUCUAGUAAGUACUCAAACGUGUUUGGCCUCUAGGGGGCAUCAAUGUAACAUUUCAACCCACCGGUGCCCACAAGGCAUCCCAAUAUGCAUCUAUUCAUAUUUUAAGUUAGCUUAAUUAGCACCCUUUAUUUCUUAGUUCAAUACAUUGCUGUAUUUAUUGCAUUAAGCUUUGGAAAAGGGCACAGAUAUCUAUUCAUAUAAAAGAAAUGUUUAAAUGUUUUACUGAACAUGAUUGUAGGCAAUGCAAGGUUCCAGCGGCAUCACCAGUGUCACUAGCAGUCAGAACUGUGUGAGCCCGUGCCAACUAUUGCAGUGCAACAUGGUUAGCGACGGCGACGGCGAGCCGGCGGCGCCGAGCGCGGCGCAGCGCGCGCGCGCCGAGCGCAGCCGCCUGCGCGCGCGGGCGCUGCGCGACGCGCGGCUCGUGGCGCGGUCCGCGCGCGCCGCCGCCGCGCCUCCGGCGGACUGCGGCGGCGGCUUCGUGCCCGAGGCGACGGCCGAGGCGGCGCCGCGCGCGCCGCCCGCGCCGCUCGUGCACCGCAGCGUGCAGCCGGCGUGCCUGGCGUGCGGCACGCGCUUCCCGCAAUCCUUCCUGCUCGACACCUUCGACCACAGCGUGUGCGACGCCUGCAGGGACGACGCGGGCGCGCACGCGCUGCUGCCGCGCACGCAGGCCAAGAGCGAGUUCCUGCUGCAGGACUGCGACCUGGACGCGCGCCCGCCGCCGCUGCGCGCGCUGGCGCGCCCCAACCCGCACCGCGAGCACGCGCCGCCCAUGCGCCUCUACCUGCGCGCGCAGCUCGAGGCGCGCGCGUGCGAGGUGUGGGGCUCGCUGGCGGCGCUGGAGGCCGAGCGCGCGGCGCGCGCCGAGCGCCGCGAGCGCGCCGAGCGCAAGGCGGCGGGGCGGCGCCUGCGCGCGCUGCGCAUGGACGUGCGCUCCAGCCUGUUCGCGGCGCCGCGCGCGCCGCACGAGCACGCCUUCGGGCCCGAGACGCGCGUGCGCGGCGACGAGUACCGGCGCGAGUGCGCGUGCGGCCUCGUGGAGACCUACGAGAAGAUGUAG